CGAAAUUAGUAAGAUUUUAUUUAUUUUCAAUAGAUUAAAGCAGAAGAAUGGCUCUCAUCUUCGGGAUAAAUCAACUAUCAAACGUUUAUUAAUGUAUAAAAAUUGCAAGCCAAUUAGAGAUAGAAAAGGAAAAAUAAUUAAAGCAGCUCCCUUUCAGUCAGUCCUUGCAUCUGGCACUGUGGCAAGAGUUGCACCAAAUCAAAAAUGGUUUGGAAAUACAAGAAUUUUAACUCAGAAUGCUCUUCAAAAAUUUCAAGAAGAACUUGGAAAAGCAAUAAAAGAUCCAUAUCAAGUUGUUAUGAAUCAAACCAAAUUACCUGUCUCUCUUCUUAAUGAAAGUUGUAAAAAUAAGAGAGUUCAUAUACUGGAAACUGAAAGCUUUACGAGAACAUUUGGACCAAAAGCACAAAGAAAACGCCCAAAUGUAAAAGUCACAGAUCUUGAAAGUCUAGUAUCAGAAAUUGAAAAGUCUACAAAUAAUUAUUCUGAAGAAAAUGAUAAAGAUUUAGUAACUGAGAAUGAAAAACUGAAACAAGAACCUAGAGAAAUGAUAAUGUUUAAAGGCCAGUCUAAAAGAAUCUGGAAUGAAUUAUACAAGGUAAUUGAUUCAUCUGAUGUUGUAAUACAAGUUCUUGAUGCAAGAAAUCCACUAGGAACACGUUCUCAACACGUUGAGAAUUUUCUAAGAAAAGAAAAACCUCAUAAACAUCUUAUUUUUGUUUUAAAUAAAUGUGAUCUUGUACCAACUUGGGUCACUCAACGAUGGGUAACAGUUUUAUCAUCUGAAUAUCCUACAAUGGCUUUUCAUUCAAGUUUGACAAAUCCUUUUGGAAAAGGGGCUUUGAUUGAUCUUCUUAGACAGUUUGCAAAGCUUCAUCAAGAUAAAAAGCAAAUAAGUGUUGGUUUUAUUGGUUAUCCAAAUGUUGGAAAGAGUUCUAUUAUUAAUACACUGAGAUCAAAAAAAGUGUGUAAUGUUGCACCUAUUGCUGGAGAAACAAAGGUUUGGCAGUAUAUUACUUUAAUGAGAAGAAUUUAUCUAAUUGAUUGUCCUGGAGUUGUUUAUCCUAGUGAUGAUUCUGAUGUAGAAGUUGUGUUAAAGGGUGUAGUCAGAGUGGAAAAUAUUCAGACACCUGCAGAUUAUAUUGAAGAAGUUCUAAACAGAGUAAAGGAAGAAUAUAUUCAAAAAACAUACUUGAUAGACUCAUGGAUUAAUUCUGAAGAUUUUUUAAAAAAGCUAGCAUUAAGAACUGGCAAACUUUUAAAGGGAGGUGAACCUGACAUUCCAACUGUUGCAAAAAUGGUUUUGAAUGAUUUCCAGAGAGGAAAAUUACCAUACUUUGUAAAACCACCUGAUUUAGAAGAUACAGAUGAAAAUAAAACUACAAAUCUAAAAGUUAAACAAAAUCUCAGUGAUGUUUUUGUUACUCCAGAAUUUAAUGAGGAAGAAGCAAAAAGAAAUAAUAAUGAAGUUCAGAAAGAUAUUGAAUCAUAUAUUGAAGAUAAAGAAACUAAGAGUGAUAUAGAAUCAGUUAAAGAGGAUUCAAAUGAACAAACUAUGAAUGCUUCAGAUGAUUCUGUUGAUGGAAGAAAAAGCAUUGACGAAAAUUGUGAAGAUUUGACUUCACAUUCAAAUGAAAAUGAGAAGAAUGAAAUACAAAAGUCAACAAAUGCUAAAGAUAAGUCUUAUCAUUCAUUGAAAAGAGGGCAAGAUGAUGAAGGUAAUCCAUCAGUACGUUUAACAAGUAAACAGAAAAGAAAACUGCAAAGAUCAAAAAGAAAGAAAAUGAUUGGGGUUCACUUUUAUAAAGAAGUUAAUGUAAAGAAUAGAAACAGGAAAAAGAAACAUAAUUGUAAUUCUAAUGUUUAAAUAUGUAUAUAGAUAUGUGUAUAAUAGUUUCGUUAUUAUACAAGAAAAAUAAAUAUUUUAAAAUAAA